AUGUCGGAUCUCAAAACCUUGAAUCUCGGAGUUAUCGGCGACGCCACCGCCCGAGAGCUGGUCAACUGUCGCCUCUGCUGCUAUACACCAGAGCCAGACUCCUUCAUGGGCGUGGUCAUCAACGGCACACACAUGAUCAACGGAACGCAGAUCACCCCCGUCACCCCCAGCACCUCCGGCUAUCUCUUUGAGAACAAAGAGAACAACACUACCGACUUAAUUCUCCCAUGCGGAUACGGCCAGACCAUAGAUGGAGACUAG